UCAACCAGAUAGUACUACAAUGGGCACAGAGGACAAUCAAAAGGAAGUCCACAUUCCAGAGUGGCUAAAGCCAGAAGUUUUCGAAGAUCUAAUCAAACAUGAGGUAAAGGAUUUCAAACAGAUCAAGUCCUUGCGGGCCAGAGCUGGAGUUCCCAGCGGCGAAAACUAUGCCACCAUUAUGCUAAGAGUGGAGCUGGAUAUUGAAACCAAAGAUAACUCACAGGUAACCAAGGGCUUUAUGUUGAAACUACCACAUGCUUCGGAGGCUUAUCGUAAGGUAAUUGAGAAAACAGACAUGUUUGAUGUGGAGCGCGGCAUGUAUCUGGAGGUUGUUCCCGAGCUGGAACAGCUGUACCGGGAUGUGGGUGUCGAGGUCAACUUCGGGGCAAAAGCCUACGAAAUCCCAGCCGGCGAUUACUACGUCCUGCUGGAGGACCUUAAGCCACGAGGCUUUCAGAAUGCGGACCGCCUCCAGGGUCUAGACCAGGCCCACACCGAAAAUGCCCUUCAUAAAUUCGCCCAGUGGCAUGCGGCCUCUGCCGUCAGGGUGGAACGGAAAGGACCCUACCCUGAAAAAUACACCAAGGGUUUCCUGAGCAACGAAGACAUCGUAGAAGCGUUCUGCAACCGCAGUGUGAAAAUAUUUUUGGAUCACGUUCAUUUGGUAAAAGGACACGAGCCGUACGUAAAAGAUUUGCGGAUUAUAUCAGAUAAAUUAUUGGAUAUCGUAAGCGAUUUAAACGAUGUCAAGCCCGAUGAUUUCAACGCCCUGAACCAUGGCGAUGGAUGGGCCAACAAUAUAAUGUUUCAGUACAACGAAUCAAAGAGAAUAUCUGACACCUACUUUGUGGACCUUCAACUUCCCAAAUGGGGCUCAGUGACUCAGGACCUUUACUACUUCCUGUUGUCCUCGACUCAGUUGGAUAUUAAAACGGCGAAGUUUGACUAUUUUAUUUGGUUCUACCAUUCGGAGUUAGUCAAGCACCUAAAACUCCUGAAGUACUCAAAGCCCUUGCCCACCUUGAGAAGCAUUCGGGAUGAACUAAGCAAAUAUAAUGGCUGGGCUUAUGUCUGUGCCUCAACUAUAAUGCCAUAUGUUCUGCUCGAUCCCUCUGAUGGGAAUGAUUUCGAAAAGGUAUUGGGUGAUAAGGACUCAUCCUUUAAGAAAUCUUUGUUUCUUAAUCCUCGUUUUCAUAAGCAUAUGACAGUCCUCUUGCCUUGGCUGUUGCAUAGAGGGGCAUUGGAACCUACAUUCUGA